AUGGCACCGGGAUUGCGCGAGCUUCAUCGUAUGGAGCGGUUCUAUACGAACACGUUGGCCAAUGCGAAGCAAUUUAUGACUGAUUAUGACAGUGAGCAGCACAGCGGACAACUAGAGGGAUGGAAACAGCGAGUUGAUGGACUUUUCCAGAAAUUCGAAGCAAAUCGUCUAGCUAUCGAACUGUUAGAAGAAGAUCACGAUGACGAAGAGAUGGGUGAGGAUGUAAAAGGGGUUGAUGAUGACGCGAAGAGCGUCGCCGACGAGAAGCACCGUGUUAUCCAUCAGCGGUUCGAGCUCGAUUACGUUUUGGUUUCCAGUUUCAUUGCUAACGAGAUUCGGAAACUCGCGCUUGCUACCCCUUCUAACCCGCCUCCUCAAGUUGCUGGACAAUCGCGCGUCAAGUUACCCGAAGUUAAACUCCCUACGUUUGAUGGCACUAUUUCGGAGUGGAUCACUUUUCGCGAUUCAUUCAAAUCCCUCAUCGAUUCUAACCAACAGCUCACGCCGUUUGACAAGUUCUCGUAUCUCGUAGCCUCUCUAACUAAAGACGCAAAAAAGGUCGUUGAAUCGAUCGAACUUUCGGCUGCCAACUACCCGGUCGCUUGGCAGCUGUUGGAGAAGAGGUUUGAGAAUAAGAAACUGAUUCUCAAAACUUAUCUCGAUGCCCUUUUCUCUAUCGACCCCAUGAAAAAGGAAAGCUACGAGUCUCUGAUGCGGUUGGUCGACGAUUUUGAGCGGAAUUUGAGCAUGAUCGACAAGAUGGGAGUUCCAACGGGCGGUUGGAGUGUCCUCCUGGCUCACAUGCUCUGCAGCCGUCUCGAUCCUUCUACGCUGAAGCAAUGGGAGUCACACUACCGGUCAACGGACGUUCCAGAGUACAAAGACAUCAUUACCUUUCUUCAAGAUCAUUUGUCAGUUUUGCAGUCGCUACCACCGUCCAAGUCACAUUUAUUGGAGUCCAACAAAGCAGAGCAACAGCGUCCAUCGAAGUCGAAGAUCAACACCGUUCACGCCGUGACCAGUCCAGCGACCAGCUCUUGUCCAUUUUGCUCGAAAUCUUCGCACUCCCCAUUCAAAUGCGAGUUUUUCCAAGGUUUGGCCGUUUCUCAACGAUUUGACCUCGUGAAGAAGAAAAACCUCUGCCUCAAUUGCUUCUCUUCUUCGCACAUGCUUCGCAGUUGUUCGUCUAGCAGUUGCAGAGUCUGCAACCAGAAGCACCAUACUAUGCUCCACCAAUCGCCCAAUGAUCGCUCCACAACUCCAAACAAGUCAACUACUCCUCCCGUGUCUCGCUCAAGUCUGGUUCCACCGGAAAAUCCACCCGCCUCGCCGAAUCAGUCUUCCUCGCAAUCGCAGCCAACGUCGUCGUCCUCGUUAGAAAACCAAAAGCCAUCGUCCUCUGGUACCAGUCUCGUGUCCACCACCGUCGACGACGCCCCAAGAAGCGCUCCUGCCACCGUGCUGCUGCAAACAGCAAUCGUCAAGGUGUUUUCAACGAAUGGCCACAUUCAGUGGGCCAGAGCCUUGUUGGAUCCAGCGUCGCAGUUGAAUCUCAUCACCGAGAGUCUCGUUCAAAGGCUGAAGUUACACCGCUAUCAGUGUAACCAGGAAAUUGGUGGCGUAGGCAACUCCGCAAUCGUGUCAUCUCAUGCCGUUCUCGUUCAGAUUGGAUCUCACUGCACGGACUUUUCCGUUGAACAACGUUGUCAUAUCCUGAAGAAAAUUACCAGAGACCUUCCCAGUAGGUCGCUUGAUGCUUCAGCCUGGACACUACCAUCGAACAUAAUCCUAGCAGAUCCUAAGUUCCAUGAGCCAGGUCCCAUUGAUCUACUACUUGGUAUGGAAUUGUACUACGAUUUGCUACUGGAAGGAUUCACCAAGUUGGGUCCUGAGAAGCCGAUUCUUCAGAACACUGUUUUUGGUUGGGUUGCCUCGGGAAAGAUCGGUGUCAAUCUACCUGAUCGAACGCCAAAGGUUUCCCAUGUAUGCACUAAACAACCACUCGAUGAGUUAAUCUCACGUUUUUGGGAAAUCGAGUCCUGCUGGUCUCCUAGUACGCAGUCUAUCGAGGAAGCUGCUUGUGAAGACCAUUUCGCUGCUCACACUUUUCGAGAUGACUCGGGUCGGUUUGUGGUGACGCUUCCAAAGCAUCCGUCCAUUCUAGCCCAACUCGGCAGCUCAAAAGAGAUUGCCACCAAAAGAUUUCUCGCUCUCGAACGUCGCCUCGACGACAAUCCCAAACUAAAGGAGGCCUACACUGCCUUCAUAGAAGAAUACCACCAGCUAGGCCACAUGAGGGAAGUAGACUGCUCUGGAACUAUUUCGCCUGCAGCCCUGUCGUACUACUUACCUCACCACGGAGUCGAGAAAGCUGACAGCACAACCACAAAACUGCGGGUCGUUUUUGACGCCUCAUGUCGGACCGACAGCGGGGUCUCCUUGAAUCAGGCGCUGACGGUGGGUGCUGUGGUUCAGGACGACCUCUUCGCCAUACAUCUUCGGUUUCGCAUGCACAGGAUCGCCAUUAUUGCAGACAUCGAAAAGAUGUAUCGUCAGAUACGCAUCCAUCCGUCGGACUAUCCACUACAGCGCAUACUGUGGCGUAGUUCAUCAUCUGGACCGUUGCGCACUUUUGAGCUAGCGACGGUGACUUACGGUACAGCAUCUGCUCCCUUUUUGGCCACCAGAUGCCUAAAAGAGCUGUCCAUACAAGGUGCUGACAAUUAUCCACUCGCAUCGCUAGUUUUGGGCAAGGAUUUUUACGUGGACGACAUGCUAACCGGAGUCGACAACGAAGAAGAUGGAGCAGAACUUAGCAGUCAACUCCAGGAAUUACUACAGUCAGCUGGUUUUAGUCUACGAAAGUGGGCGUCCAACUCCCCAGCUGUCCUAUCGAACAUUCCGACCGAAAACCGUGACGAACGGUCGGUGUUUUCUUUAGAUUCGCUCUCGUCUCCGAUUAAGACCCUCGGAAUUCAGUGGAACCCUUCCACCGACACGUACAGCUACGCUGUUCCAGAAUGGUCCAAAGAAGCUGUCAUUACUCGUCGCGUCGUUGCAUCCGACACUGCCAAACUAUUCCUGCCUCUCGGACUGCUAGGUCCCGUCGUUGUACUUGCCAAGAUAUUCAUUCAAUCUCUGUGGCAGACUACCGUGUCCUGGGACGAGCCUCUGACUCUAGAGCAACAGCAAUAUUGGUCCGAGUUUCGUGACAGCUUAGAGGACAUCACAUCGAUUUCCAUUCCUCGAUGGGCAGCAUUUGCUCAUAAUCCUGUUGUGGUAGAGUUGCAUGGGUUCUGCGAUGCUUCAGAGAAGGCAUACGGGGCCUGCCUCUACAUUCGAACGGUGUCAAGUGAUGGCACCAUUUCCGCCAGACUACUCGCCGCCAAAUCGAAGGUGUCGCCUACAGGAAAAUCGAAAAAGCAGACCACGCUUACCCUACCCAGAUUGGAACUUUCAUCAGCAUUACUCCUGGCUCACCUGUACCACAAGGUCACCGAAAGUGUCGAAUUGAAAACGAAGUCGUUCUUCUGGACGGAUUCCAUGAUUGCUCUCUGUCAGAUUCGUUCGCCACCAGCUCGUUGGAAAACCUUUGUAGCGAAUCGCGUUUCUGAGAUCCAACGCCUGACGGUCGGCGGAACUUGGGCUCAUGUACCCGGUGCUGAAAACCCCGCGGACAUUAUCUCGCGUGGUAUGAGCCCCGCGCAAUUGAAAGAUACGCCAGCCUGGUGGAACGGAUGCCAGUGGCUAAGCCAACCGUCUCGUUUCUGGCCUCCCAUCAACCGUCCUGUCCCCGAGGAUCUACCUUCUACCGAGCUCGAGGAACGCUCGGUCUCAUUGCCAGUGCAAGCCACACAAUCCAGCGAAAUCUUCGAGUGUCGUUCAUCGUUCUCCAGUCUAGUUCGGGUAGUUGCCUUUCUACAGCGAUUCCGACACAAUGCUUCGCCUCGAAAUCGAACUGCUCGAAAGGUCGGGCCUCUCAGCACCUUGGAGCUGACCAAUGCUACCAAAACGCUCGUAAAGCUAGCUCAACACGAAGCCUUUGGAUCAGACAUUCUCGCAAUUACAUCGAAAGGACAAGUGAGCUCCCAUUCUGCCUUGAAAAACCUCGCUCCCAUCCUAGUUGAUGGGAUUCUUCGUGUUGGUGGUCGUUUACGUCACGCAGCUGUUUCCGAGGACAGGAAACAUCCCAUGAUUCUGCCAGCUCGUCAUACACUCACAGAACGCAUUCUGGUUCACUACCACCUGAAAAAUCUUCACGCCGGACCACAACUACUGGUUGCCUGCGCACGGGAGAAAUACUGGCCUCUUCGAAUCAGGAACUUGGCUCGGAAGGUUGUACACUCCUGCGUGAAUUGCUUCCGCUGCAAACCCACCAAUCUCGAACAGCUAAUGGGGGACUUGCCUCCUGAGAGAGUGACACCAACUCUACCGUUUUUGAAUACUGGUGUAGAUCUGUGUGGGCCCUUCCAGUUUCGGAAGCUGCCUAGAGCCCCUCCUGUGAAAUGCUACGUGGCUAUUUUCGUUUGCCUUGUCACAAAGGCUGCUCACGUAGAACUUGUGUACGACCUCAGUACAGCCGCAUUUCUGGCGGCGUUGCAACGUUUCGUCGCUCGCAGAGGGCGACCAAGGCUUAUCCAGUGCGACAACGCCACAAAUUUCAAGGGAGCAGCAAAGGAACUCGCACAGCUACGCAAGCAGUUCUAUGAUCAGCAACAUCAGGCAGAAGUAAUCAGCACGUGCGCAGAUGAUGGCACCGAAUUCAGGUUCAUUCCGCCCCGCAGUCCCAAUUUCGGGGGAUUGUGGGAGGCGGCGGUGAAAUCGUUUAAGAAGCAUCUCCGGGCCACUAUUGGAAAUUCGGUGCUUUCUCAGGACGAGUUUGUAACCCUACUAGCUCGCAUCGAGGCUUGCCUGAAUUCCAGGCCAUUGACUGCGCUCUCGGCCGACCCUAAUGACCUGGAGGUCUUGACUCCGGGACAUUUUCUCGUUCAUCGGCCGCUCACCGCGUUUCCUGAGCCCAACCUGUCCGAAGUACCGAGGAACCGCCUCGAUCGGUGGCAGACAAAUCAGGAACUACUCCGACGCGUUUGGAAGCGUUGGACCAUCGACUAUCUGUCAGGCCUCCAUCCACGUACUAAGUGGACUCAACAGCGCAACAACAUUGAGAUCGGCACUUUGGUGUUGGUCAAGGAAGACAACCUCCCACCCUUGAAAUGGAGGUACGGCCGUAUCAUCCGAGUCUGCCGCGGCACGGACAACAACAUCCGUGUAGUCGUCGUGCGGACUGCCGAUGGCGAGUAUACAAGAUCAAUAUCGAAGAUAUGCGUUCUACCUGUACGCCAGCCUGCAUUGAACGAUGCCGGCUCAAUCAACUCAAACUCAGAGGACUGA